GUGAGAGUGGACGAGUGAAGUUGUCAGAAUCGAGUUAGUCGCACGAUGGCGCAGCUUCUUGCUGGAUCUUAUACACCGGUACUUUUUCUAUUAUCCAUUAUUGCGGUUAUUCGAUUAACGAGAGGUAAUACAUUGUUAGAUACAGUGAAUCCUUCGAAUAAACCUAACGUGACAGCAAUAAACGUGUUAAAUGUACGAGAUGUAUUUAAUCAGGAAACACCUUCCUUUAUUUCGGAAUAUUUGAUAGAGUUAUUCGGGACCGGUCUCGAAAGUAAUUUGUCAUUACGUUGGUCAAAUGAUGAUAGUGACUGUGAACGGAAUGUUAAUGUACUCAAGAACGUUUGGAUUUCGAUGUCGGGCGAUCGUGCCAUAUACACGUUUACGGAACUUCCGGACACCAAAGCAAAUAUGAUCUAUUUUUGUUUGAAAUACACCGAACGAUGGACCAAUCUUGGAAGUCAUUUUGCGAUUAAUUUACCUUCGCAAUUGCAAAAAUCUUUUCGUACACGCCGUGCCGACUCGCAUAUAUCUAACAUUGGUGAAAAUGAUUAUGUACCAUCAACACAAGAUCAUUCUAAGAUUUUCAUCGAAGGGCUGAGAAUAGAGAUAGCCGACAAGGACCCUAGCUACACCGAAGAAGGUAUUCCAGAGAUUUUGGCUGGUGGAAAAGCAGUAAUACGAUUAUUUGGAACUGGAAUUAAAGAAGGUACUUUAAUCACAUUUACGGAUAUGCCACAAGAGAGGGAUUCUAUUUGUGACAAAAUAAAGAGCAAUGAGUUUCAAGUGAAAAAUGUACAGAAAAAUACAGCAACCAUUGAUGUAGUUCUACCACUUGGAUCUCCAUUUUUUAUUUGCACUAAACCACCUGUAUAUGAAGAUGCUCCAAAUGAUUAUGUGCCUUUUCGACAUCAAGGCAUAGCAUCAUGGAUUACAAUUCGUACAUAUGAGAAAAUGUUACCUCUUUGGCUUACUAUUAUGAUCAUUCUCCUGUGUCUCAGCUUUUCUGCUUUAUUCUCUGGCCUUAACUUGGGUUUGAUGGCAAUGGAUAGAACUGAACUAAAAAUACUUUGCAACACUGGUACAGAAAAAGAAAAACAAUAUGCAAGGACAAUACAACCAGUGAGAAAUCAUGGAAACUACUUGCUCUGUUCAAUUUUAUUUUCAAAUGUCCUCGUUAAUUCAUUGUUUACUAUUCUGUUAGAUGAUUUAACGUCUGGACUAGUAGCAGUAAUUUGUUCGACGCUUGCUAUUGUUAUCUUUGGUGAAAUUUCGCCCCAAGCUAUUUGUAGCAGGCAUGGCCUAUGCGUUGGCGCUAAAACAAUUUAUAUUACAAAAUUGACUAUGUUAAUAACAUUUCCAUUAAGUUAUCCGAUUAGUAAAAUUUUGGAUGUUUUUCUGGGCGAAGAAAUUGGCAAUGUUUAUAACCGGGAAAGAUUGAAAGAACUUGUUAAGGUUACAACGGGAUAUAACGAUCUAGAAAAAGAUGAAGUUAACAUCAUAGCUGGAGCAUUAGAAUUACGGAAAAAGACUGUCGCAGAUGUCAUGACAAGAAUCGAAGAUGUCUACAUGCUAAAUUAUAAUGCAGUUUUAGAUUUUGAAACUGUAUCUGAAAUAAUGAAAUCAGGUUAUUCACGAAUACCAGUAUAUGAGGGAACUAGAACUAAUAUUGUUACGAUGUUGUAUAUUAAAGAUCUUGCAUUCGUUGAUCCCGAUGAUAACAUGCCACUUAAAACGCUCUGUCAGUUCUAUCAAAAUCCAUGCAACUUCGUUUUUGAAGAUGUUACAUUAGAUAUAAUGUUUAAACAAUUUAAAGAAGGACAUAAAGGUCACAUGGCAUUUGUUCAAACAGUUAAUAAUAAGGGUGAAGGAGAUCCUUUCUAUGAAGUGAUAGGUUUGGUUACAUUAGAAGAUGUUAUAGAGGAAUUAAUUCAAGCAGAAAUUAUAGAUGAGACAGAUGUAUUUACUGACAAUAGAAGUAAACGUAAAAGACAAGCUCGGCCAAAAAUGCAGGACUUUACCGUGUUCGCAGAGAAGAAAGAAAAUCAGCGUAUUCAUAUAUCACCUCAAUUAACUCUGGCUAUGUUCCAAUAUUUAUCCACAACUGUAGAUGCUUUUAAGCCUGAUACAAUAUCUGAAGUUAUUCUACGUCGUUUACUUAAACAAGAUAUCAUUUAUCACAUCAAAGUAAAGACCCGUGAAAAAGCACGAAAUGAUCCUACUACGAUUAUUUAUCAGCAAGGAAAAGCGGUUGACUAUUUUGUAUUGAUAUUAGAAGGUCGAGUAGAAGUUACAGUCGGCAAGGAAAAUUUGAUGUUCGAAAGUGGCCCGUUUACGUACUUCGGAUCUCAAGCGCUUACUACGAAUAUAGGAAUAGCUGAAUCUCCCACUACUGGAAAUCCUCAAAAUCUUGGAAGUAUUCAAUCGAUUAAUUUAGAUUCUAUGUUACGUUACACCUUUGUACCAGAUUAUACUGUUCGAGCGGUAACAGAAGUAUUUUAUGUCAAAGUUAGAAGAUCUUUAUAUCUUGCUGCUAAGCGUGCUACUCUUUUAGAAAGAAGCCAAAAAGAUCCUUUACCUACUCAUGAGCAAUUUGAUGAUGAAGUAGAGAAAUUGUUACAUUCCUUGGAUGAGGAUGAUCGUAGCGUACCAGAAUCACCAGUUUUACCAAAGGACAAAGAAAACGAAACGAGCAAGGAAAAAGAUGUUAAAAAUCAAUCACCAAUUCGUAGUUCAACGGCUCCGACAUCUCCUCUUCCGGUUAGCGCAAGUCCAGUCACAAAUUCUAAAUUCGUUUCAUCACACAGUGAUCAUAAUGGAAAAUUAAAAAAUUCACCUAUGAAAGCACAAAAUGCAGUCGCAACAGCAGGAGUAGGUAAACUGAGUUUAGAUUCUGACGUGCAUAUAAGUCAGUCAGAAGCAAUCCGACUUUUGUCCGGGAAGAAAUCAUUGGACGACGAGGAAAGAACAACUUUACUAGUUAAACAAGAUCGUUCUUAACGCUUACAGAAUGGCCGACUAUAUGCGAUAAUGUCGGCAGUUGGAAUAGUACUAAAUAUACCAAGUAACGAAGGGCAGAACAUACGCCUAUGACAUAUAAAAAUGUUUUGGCAUUAGGUACUUAACAAAUUAUUUAAAUAUCUAAUGUAAACGAUACUAAUCUAAUUGUGAGAUUCUUAUAUGCAUUUUAUAUAAUCACGAUUGGUUUAGAAGCUGUACCCAAUUCUUCGAAAACAACAGCAACAGAAAAGAAAUGAAAAGAAAUAAGAAAUAUCUAUUUUGCUCAGGGGAAGUUGCCAAAAACGUUCAUAUAUACACAUAUAUAUGUGUAUAAUAUAUAUAUAUAUAUAUAUAUAUAUAUAUACUUAUUCAUUGAACAUUAUUUAUCGAAUAGCUCGUGUCAUGAACUAUCAUACGUGCAUCACAUAUAAUAACCAGUUUAAUAGCAUUUAUCGCAUAGUGGACAAAUAUUUCGAAUUAGUCUCACACGUUUCAUCGUGUAUUCUUUUUCAUCAAGCAAUUAAGUACUUAUAAAAAAGUGUUUAGUAAAGGCUGAAUAUGUAUAUAAAUAGAAGUGACAACUCAUUGACCCAUUCAGCAAAUAAGUGCUCGUAGGUUACUUUAUAUUUUAAUUAGAAAGAAUAGUAAAGAAAGUUCUCUAAAUAUAAAUAGCGCGAUUGAAUUCUGUGUUACGAAUACCUCAUUUAUAUACUUUAUAUUAGCAUUUAGAUACAAUAUUGAAUACUUUUGAGCGAAGAACAUAGUCGUUUAUAUUUUUUGUAUUUUCUUUUUUUUUUCUUUUUUUCAUAGAAUCUAAUUAAGUUUAUCUACGAGCUCUAGGGGUUCAAUUUAAGAUUGUUUUUAUUUUAUAAAAGAUUUUUUAAUCUAUUUAUUUAUAUUAUUUAUCUAGUAAAC